CUUGGGGGGGAUGUGGUGAGGUGGCAGGCACAACUGGAAAUGUAUUGGCUGUGGCCGGAGACAGUGGGAGGAGACUUUGACAAUGAAUGUGCUGAGGGCACAUGUUUACAAUGGUCAAGGCAGAAGGAGAAUGGAGCUGCAAAAGGAUCUGUUUUCUCACUUCAAGAGGUACUUUCUGCAUUUUCAAGAGGGCAAACAAAGAUUCGUUUUCUGCUCGUGUGGUUGUAGCUGGUGCUUGAUGUGAUUGUAGUUGUGUGUUGGUUUGAAUGAAUUGAACUGGAGGAAGUUUGUGUGAGUGUGUGUGUGUGUAACAAAGAGAGAGAGAGAGAGUGAUCUGCUUUUCUGAAAUACUUCAAAUCCUCUCUGGCUGCAAAUGUUGGACUUCUGUUUGAUGUAAGUUAAGGGCUGAGGUGUCAGACCAGUUUGUCUGCAUUCUCCUUUCAGAUGGUGCAAUGUUUAAACACACAGAGAGAGAGAGACAGCUAAUGCAAGUCACCACCACAGCAGCAACAGUGUCGUGUCAUCUGAGAUUCGGGAAACCUGAACACUCACACCUGAAUCAUCACAAACAGCCAAACACACACUUUCUGUUCCCUAUACGAUCUUACACAAGAGGAGAAACGGUCAUGAUCACUUCUCAGGGAUGACCAGUGCUCAGCUGCUGGAAACUUCAACCAAAGAAUCUAUGUUUGGUGCUCAGCCUCCUCACAGGAUGACCUCCACUGUGUCCUCAGUCCCCAGUGGGGUUUUCGGACCCUCGCUGCCCCGUCCGGCCGUCUGGCCUCCCCUGGACUUUGCCCUGGGUGCCAUCGCCUGCUGUGCAGCCUGUGUGUUCACCAAUCCCCUGGAGGUGGUCAAGACUCGGCUGCAGCUUCAGGGAGAGCUCCGUGCCCGGGGAUCCUACCAGAGACAUUAUCGUGGAGUCCUGCAGGCCCUGUGGGUGGUGGGCCGCAAGGACGGGCUCCGGGGCCUGCAGAAGGGACUCUCAGUCGGGCUGAUCUACCAGGCUAUGAUGAACAGUGUGAGGCUGGGCUCUUAUUCCUAUUGUGAAGCUCUGGGAAUCACCUCGUUCCACGGGGGCAGUCUGCUGUCAGGGGCAGCAGCUGGAGCGAUGGGGGCCUUCAUUGCUUCUCCCGCCUACCUUGUGAAGACACACCUGCAAGCUCAGACUGUGGAGGCCAUCGCAGUCGGUCACCAGCAUAACCACCUGGGAGCGUCCGAUGCCUUUGUCAACAUCUACAGACGACAGGGUUUGGUUGGUCUGUGGCGGGGCGUGAACGGGGCCGUGCCUCGCGUCAUGGUGGGAUCAGCUGCUCAGCUGGCAACCUUCACCUCAGCCAAGGACUGGGUGUCACAUUCUCAGUGGUGUAGUCCAAACCACUGGCUCACAGCUCUGGUAGCAGCCAUGAUCAGUGGAGUCGCGGUGGCUUUCACGAUGACGCCGUUUGACGUCAUUAGCACGAGGCUCUACAAUCAGCCGGUGGAUGAAUUUCGCCGGGGUCGUCUGUACCAUGGAUUUUCAGACUGUAUGCUGAAGGUUUGCCAAGCCGAGGGUUUGCUGGGCUUGUACAAAGGCAUGGGGCCCGUCUUCCUGCGCUUGGCCCCACACACAGUGCUCAGCAUGCUGUUCUGGGACAUGAUGAGGCACCAGGCAGCGAAGGACCGCCAGAGCCAAGAACGAAGCUAAAACAGUGCAACGAGUCUUGUCAUUGUCUUACGAUACGUGCUGGACUCGUUUAGAGCCAACGAACAAACAAUGAUGAAUAUAAAGCAGUGAUGUGGAACUUUUAAAUAUGAACAAAUGUCAUGUUUCAAAUGAUUCCAAUGACUUCAGACAACGUUGACUGAGCUCCGCUCGACUCUCUGUAUAUGUCACCCGGCACAUAGAACACGAAAAAGGGAUUAAAAUGUUAUUUUUUAUCAUUUCACUGAGAAUAAACAAAAACAGAGGCUUGAAUAAUUAACGCUGAACAAAAGUUACACAUUGCACAGUUUUAACUCACACCACUUUCAUGCCUUUUAUAUGGUUGUCAGAGCCAGUUCCAGCACUCCUCCCCAAAACUGUCAAACUAUGACUUUAAGUGAGACUUCGGAUGCUUGACAGAAGAUGAACGCACAUGCUGCACAGACUCUGACUCUUCUUACAUAAUAUGCAGUUGUUGAUUUGCCUUAAAAGAAAAGCCCUGAGUAUGUUACCAGAGAAGUGGCUCUAUAUAUGUAAAUGAACCCUGGAUUACUUAGUGUUCAUUAUCUUCCAUGUCUGCUGUGUCACGGUUUUAAUGCAACACUUUAAUGUUGACAUAAUGUCUGUAGUAUUUGGGGGGGAAGAAAAAAAGAAAACAUGCAAUGGAAUGUUUUUGUUUACUGACAUGAACCACUGGUACUGAAAGCCAAGAAUGCCAUUGAAUUCUGAUGUUUUCAUUUGCAGGAAAGAGAACCUACGACUAACGUGAGACAUUUAAACAGCAAUUCAUUGUAAUGGUAACAUUAAUAAAGAUGUUUUGUAUAAAAUA